CUCAACUGCCCCUCUUCUCAUCCUCCAUCGCUCGAUUACCCAGCUUCCAGCUCACAGUCUUCAUUCGACUCUCAAAUCUUCUUUCAAUUCACCAUUGAAAACCGGCAAGAUGAGUGCAAUUGCUGAUAUCCCAGAGCGUACUGGACCUAUCCAGGUCUUGUUCACGCUCCACCCGGGCUUCGACUCUCUUGAUUACGUUGGGCCCAUGGAGGCUCUUCACUAUACCAAACACGAGGAUAAGUCCAUCGACUAUCCAGCCUUCCAAAUCAAGACUUGUGCCAAAGAGCCUGCCGUCCAGUCCGCCCAAGGCAUCACUAUCAAAGCCGACAUGGACUUUGAAGAUGCUGAGGCUGAUCUCGAAGAAUUUGACGUCCUCAUCGUUCCGGGUGGCAACUAUGCUGCCAUCAUUGAGAAAAACGACGACCCAAUUCCCCUCAUCAAAGCUUGGGCUGAGCUCCAACGCAAAGAUCCUUCUAAAGAACGUACUCUAUUCUCUGUUUGCACCGGCGCCUUGUUUCUCGCCAAAGCAGGUGUUCUCCAAGGUUUGGCUGCCACCACCCACCCCGAACACUACACACGCCUUGAGAUGAUCUGUCAGGAUGAGAGCCAGAAGGACCUGGGUGUACGCACCGAUGUUAUGGAAGAGAAGUAUGUCGUCAAUAACGCACGCUUCGAGCUUGGCGAGCGCUGGGACGAGAAUCCCUUCAUCAUGUCGCAACGCCCGGAUGCGCGUCGCAAGUCCAGCGCCCGUCGUGGCAGCGAGGCGUGGAAGCUAUCUAAGCGUCGCGAGUCGAUUGUCAAGCGUGCGAAAAUGCCUCUCGGUGGGCUGAGAGUCAUUACUAGUGGAGGUAUCACUACUGGUAUUGACGCUUCGCUAUACCUCAUUGCGGCAUUGGUGUCUGUAGACUCCGCAUCUGAGGUUGCUAAAUUCAUGCAAUACAACUGGAGCAAAGGCGUUACUGUAGAGGGUAUUGAUGUCUAGAACCUACAGAUGAAAUGGUCUGUGGACGUAUCUCAUGUACGAUGAGAUAAUAAGUGACUAGAAAAGUCCAUACGUGGUUGUAUGGUCUAUAGUCGGGAACACAAAAUGAGCUGGUGAAGCUCAAAAUGAACGUAAAGAAUAUAAGCUCAAAUGCACGGUGCAAGAGAUCGUACCGCGUAUUGUCUCUAGCUAAGAAUACUACCUAUACCGUUAACUCUCCCAGCGAACUGAAUGUGUCAUACAAAGAACUGGCGAAUUGCUACGUAUGUGUGUGUCUAUCGUACGGCGUCCUGGCAUAACAUCUCUAACUCCGAUGAACAAGCGG